GAGGAGGCCGAGGCUCGGGAACAGAGUGGGAGGGAGGAGUCGCCUGGCAACCGUGGAGAGGCAGGUGCAUGCUGAAAAAUGGAUGAUGACGACUUUGGAGGUUUCGAGGCAGCAGAGAGCUUUGAAGAUGGGGAAGCAGGCAUGCACUCAGUUUCACCAGCUAUCCCCUGGGCAGCAUUUUCUGCAGUACCCGGGAUGCAGCUGACCCAAAGUGCUCCUCCUGAUAUCCUCUUGGACCAGACAACACAGUCAGUCACGAGCUAUCAGUCAAAGUUUGCCCUUUGCCCAGGAGAUGAGCCAAACUCUAUCUCAAAACCUGGGUCGGCAGGAAAUAAUGAAGAGCAAACAACAUUGAUAGCACAGAUUCAGCCGAAACCCCAAUCUUUACUGGACACAGUGGGGGUACCAGCGAGCUCACUUGAAGAGGAAAGACUGGGUCAGCCGGCUAGCAUCCCUGACGAUGAUGCUGAGACAGCCAGAGUAAAAGAGAUGGAGGCAAAGCUCAAAGAAACAUUGCAAAAUGUGGAGACAAAACUUUCUGCUGCAGAAGAGGAGAAGCUUGAAAUUAAAAAGGAACUUGCAGAACUGCUAGAAAAACACUCAAAGCUGCAAGAAGGGAUUCUACAGGAAAAAGGUGAAGCGGAAAGAUCUCACAGAGAGUACUACAGUCAGUUGCAGGACAAACACAAGCAGGAACUAGAGGACCUGAGAAAAGCCGGGCACAUUGCCCUGAACAUUAUCGUUGAAGAGUUCAAGGCAUUAAUGAAGGUCACUAUGCUGGAGCAACAAGAGACCAGUGGUAAACACCUACAAUCAGCCAUAGAGAAACAAGCCCGGGAGUGUGAAGAGUUGCUGAAUGCCCAGCACCAACGGCUCCUUGACAUGUUGGAUGAAGAAAAAGUGACAUUGCAAGAUAGAGUGAAGGAAGCCUUGGUGGAACAAACACAGGAACACAAGGAAAUACUGGAAAAAGGUUUAGUUGAAGAAAGGCAACGAAGCAAAGAGACUGUGGAAGCAAUCAUGAAGGAAGAAAAGGAAAUCAUUAAGGAGGCUGUUUUGAAAGCCGUGCAAGAGGAGAGGGAAAGGAUGGAAAAGAUCCAGUCGGAGCAGAGAGAGUUAUGGGAGGCUGAGCACCGGAAGGACCAAGAAAAAUUGGAACAAGUGAUCCAGCAAGCUUUGGCAGAAGAGAGGAGCAAAAGCAAGGAAGUGACAAGGGAAGCGAUAAGGCAGGAAAGACGAAGUAGUGAGAAUGCGAUACAAGAGGCUGUUCAGAAAGCUAGAGAGGAUCUGCUGGAAUACACAAAAGAGCAGAAGCGACUUGACCAUGUAAUCCGACAGCGUAACCUGUCUAGUUUGUCGCUGUUCCUGUCCUGUGCCCAGAAUCAGUUAUCUGGCCUGAUGGAAAACCAGCUAGUCACAGAGGAACGAGAGGAUAAAUGACAGUUUUUAAAUGAACAUUGAAAUGUGCAGCAUCUCCAGAAAUAGAGAAUAAUCUGACACUGUCCAUUUUUAUGUUUCUGUAUAUUUGAAAGCAUUUUUUGCAUAUGCUGGAAAAAAUUAUGUUUGAUUUAUACAAAUCAAGAAAGGCAGCAAUACCAUUAGCCUUCCAACCUCGGGAACUUUAUAUCUAGAAAGGCACUUGUACACUACGUUACAAAGUUUUUUUGAACACUAACUUUACAAACACGAGAUCUUUAAGCACCACUUGUAUAAAAUCAAGAUUACUUGAACCCACCAACUGUUCUGUUAUUUACGCCGUCAUUUAAGUCAAAGUGUAGGCAGACCUCAAACUUGUCUUGAGAAAGAAGAGUCUUGUAAGUCUGUUGUUGCAAGUAUAGCUUACGAUUGUUUCUGGAAAAUAUAUCCCUUGUUACCAGAAUAUCUGAUGGAUUAUGGCACAGUUUUUACAAGUCUCUUCUUUAGUGUGUUGUAAUGCUGUAGUUGCCCAGUUAAAAGUGUUUUUCAUACUUUGGUUGUUGAUUUGUACCCAGGUGGAAUCCAUCAUUGCCGUUAAAUGUACUUGUGAGUGAAUUUCCAUGUUUUUAGAUGAGGUUUCUAAGUUGACUGUGCCACAAGAAAGCAAAAGGAGGAACCAUGAUUGUUCCUACCUGGAGGAGGAAGGCAUGCCAGUGAUCAGUUACAAAGACAGGGAAAGUCAUUACUUACUGCUUAAACUAGGUAUCAUAACUCUCUGAAGGUAUUGCGAAACUUUGUCUCUUCGCAAAUUUGCAGCAUGACAUAGUUUACAUUGCAAAAAUUCCUUGUGCCUGACAUUGUUCUGAUGUUCCAACAGCAAGUGUGAUGCUGAAUUGUUCUAGGCUCAACCCAUCCCCCAAGAGGUUCCACAUUUAAUAUGUGAUCAAUUCUGCUACAGGAUCUAUUUUCCAAACUUUGUUAGCCACAUCUGAAUUGACUUAAAUAUUGUUUUUUCCCCCAAGCAUUGUUUUUUGUGAGAAAUGGGUUUAAAUUGCUUUUCGUUAACCAAUGCUUGAUUUUCAUUGUCAAAAUAAGACAAAUUACUUUGAUUUGAAUGCUAAGAUUAAAGAAUUUUGCACA